UUCACCUGCACCAAAAUACAUCACAAUUCAGCAAUUCAAGUGUGUGCAUUGUCAUGUUAAUAUUUGGUAACAAAGACCGUGUAAAUUAAAGACUAAUUCUGGAUGUAAUAGAGUGCUAGGAUUCUAGUACAAGUUAUCAUAGUAAUAUAUAUCUAUAUAAUGUAUAUUAAUAUGCAUACAGAAUUAACCACCAUGGAAACGAGCUCCAACGACUUCCCAGGCCACGAAGAAACCUUCCCAGUCAAAGAAGACGAUGAUUUGAACAAACUGAAUAUAAAUAGCAUAAAAUACGCGUGUCAUAUUCAAAAAUGCAACUUGACGUUCAAUACCGAGCGCCAACGUGAUAAACACUCCUUUGAUUGUUUGAAAAAUAAUUUACAGCCUGAAGAAAUAACUCUUGACCAAAGCGUGAAAUUUAGAGACGAAUCUAAAGAUAAUAAGGAGAAAAUUCCCUCAAAAAAUCUUGUGAAGCCCGUUAAGCGAAGGAAGACGUCUGAAAAAAUUGUGAAUCUUUCUAAAACUGGCAAAGGUCGCUUCUCUUGCUCUAAUUGCUCACGGUCCUAUAAAUAUAAAACAAAUUUAUGUCGACAUAUUACGAUCCAGUGUGGCAAAGAGAAGAAAUCUAUUUGUCCGUAUUGUGAAAAUUGGAGGACUUAUCACAAACAUCAUCUUAAAAAUCAUUUAAAAAGGGUUCACGGUAAAGAAUUAUGAACUUCAGUCAUUUUUUAACUAAUUUUCUUCUUUUUUUGCACUUUGACGUAUACUUAAAAAAUU